AUGGGAGAGCAACGACAGGCCAUGAAGGACACACCAACCACAUCACCAAGCUCAUAUUGUGACUACAGUAACUACUCGAGCGGCUUUCCGGCACACAACGAAGAAGAGGAGGCGGUUUACGACUUCCAAGCAUUUGUGACCCAAUUAAAGGACCCAAGGGCGGAUCCAAUUUUGAGGUAUACAAGGUCGUUUUUGACCAAUUUCACUACCAAGCGUGAUCUUUGGACGUGUGAUGAGCAACGAAAGCUAGUGGACGAUUUCAAAGUGUUUGCAUUCGACAAAUUGAGGCUUUACGAGCCUUUUAAGUCAUUGGACAGUGGUAGAUUGAAAAAUGCCCAAGAAGGUAUUGAAAAGCUCAUUAUGGGCAAGCUGUACAAUCAGUGCUUCUCGCCCAGUCUAAAGCAGCGUUUCAACGAAAAGCUAGACGAAGGCCACAACCGGGACCUGCUGCAAGAUGCGCUAUUGGAAGAGAAGCGGGCCGAGUAUCGUUUUAUUGACCCGGAGUUUCUGGAGUUUCCUCAACCGCUCUCAAACCGCUUGCAAAAAUUCUCGCAACUUGCGGGCAAAGAGCUGUCGCGCGUUAAUGAGUACAAGGCGCCACGAGAUAAAAUGGUGUGCAUAUUAAACGCUUGCAGGGUUCUUUUCGGAUUUUUGAAACAUUCUGGUCUAGCAAAUGGGGGUGCCGAUGAGUUCGUGCCUGUGUUGGUGUAUACGCUGCUUAAGAGUGACGUAAAGAAUUUGGUUUCGAAUCUCAACUACAUUGAACGAUUCCGGUUUGCUGAGUUUCUACAAGGCGAGAGCUCGUACUAUCUGAGUAGUGUCCAAGGUGCUUCUAAUUUUGUAGCCACCCUUGGGCGCGAAUCUCUUCAAAUAACGGACCCGGCCGGUUUUGAAGCCCGAUACCGAGAAAAUCAAGAAGCAUUGGAAGUGGAAAGGGCUCGCAUUGGGACCUCCAAUCCCACGCCCGAGAUCAAAACCGAUGCAGCGGAUACCCCAGCUCGUACGACCUCCCCGGGCUCCGUUCCUUCUGAAUACAUCCGACGCCCGCUUGAUGAGGCCACGUCUGCUAUUAUUUCCAAAUUCUCCGAGCUGUUCGCAUCUAAUGGACCCACAGCCGACAUGCCACAACAGAUUCAAGACACAAGUGCUGCUGCUGACGAAGAUGCUGAGUCGACUCGUCUUGUACAAGAAUUACAAAACCAGGAAAACAAACGAGUUUUGCGUGAACUGCAUUCAAUGUUUCCCGACAUGGAUGAAGAAUUGAUUUUCGACGUAUGUGAAGCAAAGAAAUACAGAAUAGGCGUUUGCGUUGAUACUUUACUGACGCUGUCGUCGUGA